GGAGGAGCGCCCGCCCCGCCCGCCGCUCGCUCGCGCGCCCAACGGACCAGGCUGAGGCCGUGAGUUAACUGUUGCAGCCGCGGGAGUUGGGAGGAGACUUCGCGUCUCCAUUGCCUGCGGGAAAGGAGUAGCCCUUCCGCCCCUCUCCACGGCCAGCAUGUCCCGGACCCCGCCGCCCCUCCGCCCGCGAGGCGUGGACCCCGGGCCGCGGCGGCGGCGGGCGCAGCCCUGACGCGCUCCUGAGCGCAGGGGGCGGGAGGGCAGCCCCGGGCGCGGGGACUAAAGGAGCGAGAGAGCGCCUGCGGCCCCUGUGAGUCCCAGCCGAGCGUGCGGAGCCCGCAGCCACUCCGGGUCCGACCAUGAGGAGGGACGAGCGAGACGCCAAAGCCAUGCGCUACCCGCCGCCUUCGCCUUCGCCGCCGGACGGGGCCGGCUCGCCCCCCGAGAGCCUGCGGAACGGCUACGUGAAGAGCAGCGUGAGCCCCCUGCGGCAGGACCCCCCGCGCGGCUUCUGGUUCCACCUCUGCCGCUUCUGCAACGUGGAGCUGCUGCUGCCGCCGCCGCCGCCGGCCUCCCCCGAGGAGCCGCGGCGCGGCGGCUCCCCCUUCUGCCGGGCGCGCCUCGCGCUGGGCGCCCUGGCCGCCUUUGUCCUCGCGCUGCUGCUCCGUGCGGCGCCCGAGAGCUGGGCUGCCGGCGGCGCCGCCCGCCUGCGGAGCCUGCUGAGCGUCGGGGCGCUCAGCCUCAGCCCCCUCUUCAGCAUCGCCUGUGCCUUCUUCUUCCUCACCUGCUUCCUGGCCCGCGCCCGGCGGGGCCCCGGCCCGGAGCGGGGCGCAGGCGGCGGCUCCUGCUGGCUGCUGGCGCUGCCCGCCUGCUGUUACCUGGGGGACCUGGUGUGGCCGUGGGGGUCCUGGCUGUGGGACGGAGACGCCGCGACCCCGUCCACGCCCCCCGCGGCGGCGGCGGCGGGCAGGUUGCUCUUGGUGCUGAGCUGCGUGGGCUCGCUGGCCCUCGCGCAGCGGCUCGGGCUCCGGCACAGCAUCCUGGUGCUGCUGCUCUCCAGCUUCGUCUGGUGGGUCUCCUUCUCCAGCCUCGGGCCGCUGCCCGCAGCCCUCCGGCCGCUGCUGUCCUGCCUGGCCGGCGGCGCGGGCUGCCUGCUGGCCCUGGGGUGGGAGCACUUCUUUCACCUCAGGGAAGCUCUCCACCCGCCCCGCUUAUCCGGGGCCGCGGAGGAGAAAGUGCCUGUGAUCAGACCCCGCCGGCGGUCCAGCUGCGUGUCGUUCGGGGAGACGGCGGCCGCGUACCCGGGCAGCGGCAAGAUGUUCCGGAGACCCUCGCUGCCUUGCAUCUCCAGGGAGCAGAUUGAGAGUCUGGAUUGGAAACAUAUUGCUCUAAGAUGUUCUUUGAUGUCUCAGAUGAUUCUUUGGGAUUGGGACUUGAAGCAGUGGUAUAAACCUCAUUAUCAGAAUUCUGGAGGUGGAAGUGGAGUUGAUCUUUCUGUGCUAAAUGAGGCUCGCAAUAUGGUGUCAGAUCUUCUGAUUGAUCCAACCCUCCCCCCUCAAGUCAUUUCUUCCCUACGGAGCAUCAGCAGCUUGAUGGGUGCUUUCUUGGGUUCCUGCAGACCAAAGAUUAAUCCUCUCACACCGUUCCCUGGAUUUUACCCUUGCUCAGAAACAGAGGACCCCACCGAAAGAGGAGACAGAAAACUUCACAAGGGACUACUCAGUAGGAAUAGUUUACCAACUCCACAGCUGAGGAGGAGCUCAGGAACUUCGAGUCUGCCCCCUGCUGAACCUCCUUCUUCAAGGUGGGAACGCAAUAAUGGCAAAAGGCCUCAUCAGGAAGUUGGUGUUUCAAGUCAAGGAAUCUACCUAAAUGGGCCUUUUAGUUCAAACCCACCUACAACCCCGAAGCAAAGGUCAGCAUCUAUAUCGCUAACUCAUCAUAUAGGUCUAAGAAGAGCUGGUGUUUUACCCAGCCUGAGUCCUGUGAAUUCUCCUGGCCAUGGACCACCACUGUCUCCUGGCUCUCUAACCAGUCGAUCACCUAUAGAAUUUCCAGAUACUGCUGAUUUUCUUACUAAGCCAAGUGUUACUUUACACAGAUCUCUGGGCAAUGUACCCACUUCACCAGAUUCUUAUCAACUUAGAAAUUCUGAUAGCAAUGUAUGUAACAGCUGUGGACAUCAAAUACUGAAAUAUGUUUCAACAUCUGAAUCAGAGUCUGGUACAGACUGCUGGAAUGGGAAAUUAGGUGAGGAAGACAACACCAAUUUGACAAAAGAAUCACUCAACCUUACAGAAGCUCAACAAGAAGUGGAAACAGAGAACGGAGAUGGCAGAAAAUUAAUUUUGGAAGGUGAUAAUCACCUAACAGAAGAGGCACAGGAUGAACAGCAACCAAAUACUGAACAGGAAGCAUCACUGGACCCAAUUUUAAUAGAAGAUUAUGAUUCAUUAAUAGAAAAGAUGAACAACUGGAAUUUUCAAAUUUUUGAACUUGUAGAAAAAAUGGGAGAGAAUUCAGGAAGAAUCCUCAGUCAGGUUAUGUAUACCUUAUUUCAAGACACUGGUUUAUUGGAAAUAUUUAACAUUCCCACUCUACAAUUCAUGAACUAUUUUCGUGCAUUAGAAAAUGGCUAUCGAGACAUUCCUUAUCACAAUCGUAUACACGCCACAGAUGUCCUACAUGCAGUUUGGUUUCUGACAACAAGGCCAAUUCCUGGCUUACAGCAAAUCCACGGUGAUCAUGGUACAGGAAACACAACAGAGUCUGAUGAUGGAACUAACCCUGGGCAGAUUGCUUACAUUUCUUCGAGGAGCUGCUCAAUUCCAGAUGAGAGCUAUGGCUGCCUGUCUUCAAACAUUCCUGCCUUGGAAUUGAUGGCUUUGUAUGUGGCAGCUGCCAUGCAUGAUUACGACCACCCAGGGCGGACAAAUGCAUUUCUGGUGGCUACAAAUGCCCCUCAGGCAGUUUUAUACAACGAUAGAUCUGUUCUGGAGAAUCAUCAUGCUGCAUCAGCUUGGAGCCUGUAUCUGUCUCGCCCAGAAUACAACUUCCUUCUUAAUCUUGAUCAUGUGGAAUUCAAGCGCUUUCGCUUUUUGGUCAUUGAAGCAAUCCUUGCCACAGACCUUAAGAAGCAUUUUGAUUUCCUUGCUGAAUUCAACGCCAAGGCCAAUGAUGUAAAUAGUAAUGGUAUAGAAUGGAGUAAUGAAAAUGACCGCCUCUUAGUGUGCCAGGUGUGCAUCAAACUGGCAGACAUCAAUGGCCCAGCAAAGAUUCGGAACCUGCAUUUGAAAUGGACAGAAGGCAUUGUCAAUGAAUUUUAUGAGCAGGGAGAUGAAGAAGCAAGCCUUGGUUUGCCCAUCAGUCCCUUUAUGGAUCGUUCUUCUCCUCAACUAGCCAAGCUCCAGGAGUCCUUCAUCACCCACAUCGUGGGUCCGCUGUGUAACUCCUACGAUGCUGCCGGUUUGCUCCCGGGCCAGUGGAUGGAAGCAGAAGAGGAGGAUGAGACUGAAAGUUGUUCUGAUGAGGAUGGUGAAGAAUUAGAUACCGAUGAUGAAGAAAUAGGAGACAAUCUGAAUCUUAAACCACAGGGAAGAAAGGGCAGACGGCAAAUAUUUUGUCAGCUAAUGCAUCACCUCACUGAAAACCACAAGAUAUGGAAGGAGAUGAUAGAGGAAGAAGAGAAAUGUAAAGCUGAUGGGAACAAGCUGCAGGUGGAGAAUUCUUCCUUACCUCAAGCAGAUGAGAUUCAGGUGAUCGAAGAAGCAGACGAAGAGGGAGAUGCAGUCUGAGUGAAACAAAGACGUAAUGAAGAGUCCCAAGGGCUGCGCCCGAGGGUUGGAAAUCAAUGCCUCGAGUUCACUGUGCUGACUUUGGACUGACCGUUCCCACGUGGACGGCCCGUCUUACUGUGAGGGGACCCUGCGGUGCCUGCAGUGUCCCGCUCUUACGCACUUUCACCCCAAACUAGGAAGCUGUCCCUAGAGCUUGGCUUCACCCUACUCAUGCCUAAAGCCUUUACUUAAUGCCUCACCGGUGUAGGAAUACUUUGUCACAAUACUGCUCUGUGGGUGGAAAGCACUAACUAUUCAUGAGGGAGAUCUAGAACUAAAAGUUCAAGUAACUUUUACUGCAGUUUCCAAAGUGGCCAGAACGUCUUGCUUUCAUUGAAAGUCCAAUUCACAUUGUAUUUUCAGACGUGUCCUUUAUGUAUUUGAAUGUUUUUUGGGGGGGAAAGUCUGUGCCUAUUUAAAAAGGAAUCCAGUGUCUCCUUUCCAAGGGAUCUGUUCAGUGCCAUAUGCUGUUGAGUGCUAUUUACCCAGCGAGACUUACCCACGGAGGACCAAGGGACCUUUGUUAUAUUUAACAAAAUUCACACGCAUCAAUUUCUGAUGCUUUUUACUGUUGUGUAUUAUUUACUGUGUGUGUUUUAUUUCUGUUCUUAGUGUUCAGAUUUGGCGUAGAAAUCAGAAGUCUGAAUUCUAGCCUUUUUGACUUUAUAUUCCAUGGUCAAAUUUUGUUUAGGUUUAACAAUGAAGGGAUUUUAUUCUUUAGUCAAAACUGUUCUCAUUUUACUCUUGCUCAGGAUUAGAAUUUUUAAACAUUCAAUUACUAUAACCCCAACACAUAUUUUCAAAAGAAAAAAAAAAAACUUUUUCCUAGUAUCGAUACUAACCUUUUACGAAAGGGAGCAUUAUUUUCUCUUGUCGUAGGAAAAAAUGAGACUAAUUAGAACCACAGAAAAGAUGUGUCUUUUGCCUUAAUGUAAACAAAAAUAAAAUGAGACUAUCUUGUCAAAGAUAAAGAACAAAAGAAAUAGUGUGAGCUCUGGAAGACACAUACAUUGCAUAAGUAAUUGGGAUAUGUACUUAUUUUUAUAUCUUAGGUGCCAUGUGUUUAGUUACUGUAAAACUAAUGUUCAUCUUUCUAUUAAUUUCUGUUUGCCUCAAGAUUACACGAGAGAAAUGACUUAUGACUACUCAAAACUUCUAGAGCCCAAUGCAAGUUGAAUUUCUGAUAUGAAGUAAAUGCUAAGAAUACUUAUGUGAUUUUUAUAUAACAGAUCUAAAUAUUUUAGUAAAUCAUUUCAUGCAAAAGCAUACUGCACAUUAUUAAGAUAACUGCAAAGAAAAUGGAACAUAUUUACAAUGUUUAUAAGCUUGUUAGUUUCUGUUAGGGUCCAGACUUGUACCCUAGCUGUAAAAGUUUUAAAGAUAUAAAGAGCAGAAUAACAUGGUAGACUAAUAUUUCUUAUUAUUCAUGGAGACCAUAUUAUAUUUUGGAUCGGUUUAGCUUUUGUAGGCAUUAAAAUCAUUAAUUUUCCAAGGUAAUUCCUUUUAAAAAAUGAUGUCAGCAGGCAAUUUCUUGGUUUUGUUGGUUUUGUAAUUGUUGGUUUACCUGAAAGAUACCAAUUUAAAAUCUAUGGAACUGUUGGAUGUUUUGAUCCUGUAGAAUAUAAUUUUUAAUGAAUCACUAAGCUUUAUUUAUUAGACAUGGUGAGUGCGGAGUGUCUCCUGCCACUUUUGCUUACCAUCGCCACCUCAUCUGUAAACUGGUCCCACAUUCCUAAGUAAUAAAAUUUAACUAAUUUAUUGAGUUUGCACUUGUAAUAUAUAUAUAUGUCUUGUGCUUUUCUUUCUCCAGAGUGCAUUUUGCAUCUCCAUAUCCCUGCUAUUGCAAAGUACAUAUAUUUGUGUAAAUUCACAUGCAGCAUGUAUGCAUAAUGAGACAAUCAAAUUUCCUUACUUUCUAUUUUAUUAAAAUUUUAUAUUGGGUUUAGUG